AUGCCGCCUGUGGCAGUGCCGCCCGCACCGACCCCGAGCUGCGACCAGGUCGGUGUGCAGAUCCGUCCCGACGGUCCAGAGAUCCCGUUCUGCAUGAAGCCUCUGAAGCCUCCCUCGCCGCCCCCCUCGCAGGUCGUAACCACCGUGAUCACGCCGACGACUGUCUGUGAUGCGGUCCAGUACCGCCCCGACGGCCCCGAAUUCACACACUGCCAUUCGAGGACGUUGACCGAAAUCAAGACCCUCUGA